UAUGAAGUGCACCCUGUCUCGAUCGGAGGGGCCUUGGAAAGGUAUUGAUGCUUUCUUUGAUGCUAGCUGCUGCAUAUCUGCUGAAAUGUACUCAAUUAUCCAGUGCUUAUAAAAAGAUCUUCAGAGACUGCUAAAUAAAUAGUCACUAGCAAAUGUUGUGACGAGACAAAUUCCAGUGUGUACAUACCGAGUAGUACUUAGUUUCGGAACCCCCGUCAUUUUGUUUCCCCAUUGGCUCUCCAUAGUCCCGGUCACGUGCACGAACCAGGGCCGCAAUUUUCCCUCCCGAGCAUCUCUCAAGGCUUCCUGGUGACUCCGCGGGAACAAUCGGCCAUUGCUGGGCAACAGUCAAGAUGCAGAAGGUCAUUCGAAGGACCGCCCUGGCGCGGAACCAGGCCACACGGAAAGCAGUUCGAGCCUCCAAAUCAGCCGAACGCGAGGAAUUGAAGGACAGUCUAAGGCAGCGCUUUGCCUACAACCGCAUCGAGCUCGAUAACCUCCGCGCGGAAAGACAACGACGCCGUGAAGACUGGCUCCGUGGACCCCUGGCUCCUCAGCGUGAUGCCGGUCUUGAAGGGAGGCUUUUCGGUGCGUUAAGCCCUCAGGCAAUGAACCCUCCGCCUAUUCCGGAGCACUUGCGGAGACAGUACAUCAACAUUGCUCCCGGCGACCGAGUAUGCAUCAUGAAGGGCAAAGACAAGGGCAAGAUCAACGAGGUUACUAGGGUGGAUGCUACGACCGAGACUGUUGUGGUCAAGGAUCUCAACAUGGCCGAUGUCCACUUCCCCGACUGGCUGAAUGAGCAGUAUGGCAACUCGAGCCCCUUCCAGUCCGUGAGCCUGCCUCUUUCCAUUGACGAUGUUCGCCUUGUCGUCGCUCUCGAUGAUCCUGUCACCGGCGCCACACGAGAUGUAUUGGUUGAACAUGUCCGCGGCGGAGAGCCUUUCCUCGAACGCGACUACGGUACCGAAACGCCCCGACACACGAGAUACAUUGCUGGUGAAGACAUUGAGAUUCCUUGGCCCCGAAGUGACCCUGCAGAAAUGAAGGAUGAGGCCUGGGACACGCUCCGUAUGGAAGUUGAAACGCCCACUUGGAUGCCGUCGUUGCACUACGCCCCAUUCCCUCCCAGCGUCCUGGACGAACUCCGCAACAAGUUUUCGAAGUACAGAACGAGACACGAUGAGGAGUGGGUGGAGGCCAGGAAGAUGGAAGACUACAGAAGGGAAUAUCUGCAAAGCCGGUCUUUGUUGACACCCAGAGGUGAAUUCUUGGCCAUGCUUCAGGCCAAGAGGCAGGAGCGCCAGAACGCGAGGAAGGAUGCCAAUGGAAAUUACAUCCUGGAUGAUAAGACGGUCGGAUUCAUUGAGAACUUCAUGAAGGAGAAAGCGACCAAGAAAGCCUAAUUGCUUGCUGGGAUUUCGUUUGGUGUUCCGACUUGUGGGAGAGUGCGCCUGGGUCUUUUCUGUUUCUUUUCACUUUUCCUUUAUUUUUCCAAUGGGUGUACACAAUUAUACUACUGUAGCAUAGAAUCUGAAUGUAUAAGAUGAAUAGUAUGGA